UCCCCUCUUCUCCCUCUCCCCUUCCCUAACCUGGGGGCAGAGAACAAGAUUACCCUGAGCGCUCUCUGCUCCACAGAGGGAGGAUCUAGGAGAUGACUAUCUCCCAAAUUAACAAGUGAAUGUUAACACAGGUCUGGUAGGGGAUUGGAGGCAAGCACACCUGGAGUGAAGCCUUUGAAGAGCUGCUCCCGCAGCUCAGAAGCCCCAGCCUGCUUCUCUCUCCACUCUUGUGAGCUGAGGCAUGUGGUUUCCACCCUCAAGUUUUCCCCCUGGCUGCAAGACAGCUGUGAAGCCAGAAUUAAAGACAGGCAGUUAGUGUAGACAGAUGAUCCUGUCAGAUCCAGGAAAUGGAGGCCAGUUUGGAUCCAGGAAGUUGGAGACGGCCCCUGGGAGAUUGGAAUGUGAUGUCUCCAGAGCCCUCUGAUCACUGAUAUUACCUGCCUGCACUACCCCUUCCAAAAGACUGCGGGCAGGAAGUUAGUUCAUGACCCUGGGCUGCUUCCUGCCUGGGUCACUCAUUUGACCCUACCCACUGCCCAUCUGCUUCCCAUUGUUGGCCACCUCACCAGCAUCUCCUGGGCCUAGUCGCAUAGGCAGGAAGGAGAGAGAUAAGUGGGGUAGGCAGAACAAAGGAACUUCAGUCUAUAAGAGGGGCAGGGCGCCCUCUCUUCUUGGGAUGCCAGGACACCAGCCAUGGCCCGCUUCUCCCUCCUGGAUAAAACCUGCUCUAUGUGCUUGCCUCGGCGUGCUUCUCUCAUGUUCAAACUUCAGCACUGAGGAAGCAGAACUCGUCACCAAUAACCUGCAGUAUCAGCUGCUGCACCACUAGCACCAAAGUGCAUGCUCUUAGCUGAAGGAAGAAAGAAGGAGGAGGGCAGUGGGAGAGUAUAAAAAUCUUCCAGCUGAGCCUUUCCUAAAGGAUCUCUGGGUGAAAUGCUGCCCCACGAUUUCUACCUACUAACCGCUGACUCCAUUCACCAUUGGCAUCCCCUGUCCACAAGAGGGAAGGACACAUUACAGUACCCAAGGAAAUCAAAUCUAAGGAGAAGGGAAGUUGCAGCAGUCAUCUCAACCCCAGAAGCCAAACUCAAACUGCUGCGACCAUCAGAUUCUUCAGCCUGGGUUACAUCUGAUUGCUGAGGGCUUCCAUCACUGACUUACGUCCCAAAUAAAGUGUCUAGAGAGGCCCUAAGUAGGACCAGCCUGCUCCACCAGCCUGUCCAGAACAUAACCUCAGCAAAUUAGUGAUCUGCUGGCAGAGUGAGGAACAAAUUCGCAUGAAAAUUCAGUUUAGCACGAACAAGGACCUGCGGGGCUAGUGAAGCAGCUCAGAAACACCCAGAUAAGGAUUUCCCAGAAAACGUCAGGCAUGACCAGGAGUCACUGGCGGCACAGUCUCUAGAAACCAGCAAACUGUAUUGCCUGCUAAGGGAUCCCAGUUGCGCUUGGAGGUGACUUAAAGGGAGCAACGUGCCUGCUCUUCCCUCCCUCCAGACUUCCAUCUGGCCCCGCGGUUAAAGACCAUCUCCUCAGUCCACAGGCAAGGUGGUGGGUAAACUGCGCAGCAAUGUUUUGAGUAACAUCCCUUCUUCUGUGUUUACACACUCAACAUCUGUUUUCCCACCCAGUUCUGCUGAGAUUUCUACCAUGAUAUAAGAGACAUAACAGAUGAACACAGAGGAAUACCAAUCUCACGCAAGCAGUGUUGGAGAUUAGCUAGAUAAACAGCGGAGCAACAGACAUACGGGAGGCAGGCGGGCACUUUUCCUCGAAGUGGUGCGAUCCGAUGAGUUUGCAUUUGAAUUCUAACCUCCCCUCAAGGUCGCCGCCCAGCAACAGACGACAAACACGACUCUCAGCCAAUCAGAACACUAGUGCUCCAGAGACCGGCAUCUCCUGGAGGAGGGCAGACGCCCUCUGCUCCCUUCCAGAUCGGGGGCUUAGCUCCGCAGAAAAGAGGAGCGCUGUGGACUGCCUUUGCCCAGGAGACUGUGACUUUCAGACCGGAGGGCCAAGAGGCCAUGGUUUCUGCCCCCGCUUCUGCUGUCUUUUGACAUGCAGCCCUGAUGGACUCAUGGCGCUCCCCGGCUCUCCCUGUGCUCCGCCUCGCCUGCCUCCUCUUGGUCCAGUGGCCCACACCGUGCUCAGCUCAGUUUGCUGUGAUAGGACCCUCUGGGCCCAUCGUGGCUGUGGCGGGUGAAGAUGCUGAUCUGCCCUGUCACCUGUCCCCGGCGAUGAGCGCCGAGACCAUGGAGCUGAGGUGGGUGAGGUCCAGCCUUAGGCAGGUGGUAUCCGUGUAUGCAGACGGACAGCAAGUGGAAGACAGACAGAUAGCAGAGUACCGAGGGAGAACUUCGGUCCUGAGAGACGGCCUCGCCGCAGGGAAGGCUACUCUCCGAAUACACAGUGUCAGAGCCUCUGACAGUGGACGCUACCUGUGUUAUUUCCAGGAUGGCAGCUUCUAUGAGAAAGCCAUGGUGGAGCUGAAGGUGGGAGCACUGGGUUCUGAUCUCCACAUUGAAAUGAAGGGCUACGAGGAUGGAGGGAUCCAUCUGGAGUGCACGUCCCCCGGCUGGUACCCCCAGCCCCAAGCAGAAUGGAGAGAUGCCAGGGGGAAGCCCGUCCCAGCUGCAGCAGCGCCUGCAGUUGCAGAUGGAGCAGGCAUGUACACAGUGGCAGCCCCGGUGAUCCUGAGAGGCGGCUCGGGACAGGGGGUGUCCUGUGCCAUCAGAAACUCCCUCCUUGGCCAGGAGAAGACAGCCAGGAUUUCCAUCGCAGACCCCUUCUUCUCCAGCGCGCGGCCCUGGAUCGCCGCCCUGGCCGGGACCCUGCCCAUCCUGCUGCUGCUCCUCGCGGGGGCCGGGUACUUCUUGUGGCGACAGUGGGAAGAAAACAAGGCUCUGUCCCUAGAGAAAGCGCAGGAGCGAGUGCGGAGAGAGAAGGCACAGGCGGAAAAGGAGCAGGAGAGCCGCGCGAAAGAGGAGCUCCAGUAUGAACUCAAGUGGAGAAGGAUCCAGUACAUGGCUCGUGGAGCAAAGUCUUCAGCCUAUGCUGAAUGGAAGGCAGCUCUCUUCCAAGCUGCAAAUGUGGUUCUGGAUCCUGACACAGCAAACCCCAUCCUCCUUGUUUCUGAGGACAAGAAGAGUCUGCAGCGGGCAGAGGAACGGCAAAAUCUGCCGGACAACCCUGAAAGAUUUGAUUGGCAUUACUGUGUGCUUGGCCGUGAGAACUUCACCUCCGGGAGACACUACUGGGAGGUGGAAGUUGGGGACAGGAAAGAAUGGCAUGUUGGGGUGUGUGGGGAGAAGGUGGAGAAGAAAUGCUGGGUUAAAAUGACACCUGAGAAUGGAUUCUGGACAAUGGGCUUGUCUGGUGGGCAUGACUAUCGGGCUCUCACUGAACCCAGGACCAAGUUGACCCUCUGUGAGCCCCCCACCAGGGUGGGGGUUUUCCUGGACUAUGAGGCUGGAGAGGUGUCAUUCUAUAAUGCAGUGGAUGGCUCUCACAUCUACACCUUCCCGCACUCCUCCUUCUCUGGGCCUCUGUGGCCUGUUUUUAGAAUUUUGACUGUGGAGCCCACUGCCCUGACCAUUUGCCCACUGCUGAAAGGAAUGGAGAGGCCCCUUGUUUCUGACCUAGUGCCUGGCCUUUCCCCAGAAACCCCAGUGACCUCGGACUUAGCUAACGGGAGGGAGGAGCCUCAGGCAGAGGUCAGGGCUCCACUUCUCCCCGCCCCACCUGGAGCUGAGGGUCUCCCCCUCAGCCGCCCACUACAGCUGUAAAGCUACCUGCACACGCUGCUCCAAGCACUUUACCAAUGUCAGUUCAGCUGUUCUGUGAGACGAUUCCUCUAGUUCAGUGCCAUUUUAUUGACCCUCUUGUAUAGAUCAGGAAAUUUGUGUGUAGAAAGUGAAUGAGUUUUCCAAAGAUGCUGUGACUCGUGAACAACAGCUGGAAUUUGAACAGUAUCUGUCAGAACCUGGAACGGGCUGUGCUCUGAGAGCCGCCUCAGGUGGACCUCACUCACUUCAUUCUCAAACAGCCCUGUGAGGUGUUCUCAUUUUGAAGUUGAGACAAGGCAAAGUGAAUUAGCAGAUGAUUCAAGCAGUAAGUUGUGCAAUGAGAGAUGGUCAACAUCUGUCCCCACACCAGCCUGUUCCUCCCUUCCAGCCAGAUUGUCCCCAUGAAAGGGCCCAGGAGUAACCCUGAGGUUCCCCUCCAUGGAUCACUGUACCUGGUGUAGAGGUCACACCCUGCUUGGUUUCUCGCCAGCACUGCUUGGGUGGCUCUGCUGGGUGACUUGGCCCAGGGGAUGAGUUCACAGAAAAAGCCCUAUCAUACAAGACCCAGGGACACAUCCUUAACUGAUAAUGGGGCACAGAUGGCCUGCCCUGUAAAUGCUAUGCAUGACCAUGGAGCCAGAACUAAUCUUCCAUAACUGUGAUCUCUGGGAACCACAGUUAAUCAAGUUUGUCCAUGAAAUAAAAAUUAGGGAAGGAGAAGCCAGAAGAGCUUCCUGGGUUUUUCUCUGUGCUGCAGUCCAUCUCCAGGAAAGGGGCCAUGCACCCUGGCUCCCUGGGGUGUUGGACCAACAUUCUUUUAACUGGUGAGCACUGAGGAGGAGCACCUCAGAUUGGCACUGCUAAGGCUCACCUCUGUCUCUGCCCAGCUGUGGUCCUCAAGUUCUGUUUGUUCAAUAAAUGCAUUGGUGACCCCGCUGUUCAACUGG